UCAGCGAUGACGGACAGCCAGGCGCACGCGCAUUGCUCGUCCCCGACGCCGCCGGUCCUGAUGCUGCACGCGCACGAGCAUCCGCAGCGUCACUGAGACGCUCAGAGCCUCGGAUCGGAUGAAGCGAUGCCAGCCGCAGACACACCGUCACCGAGCCUCACCCGAGCCCGAGAAUAAACACUGCUCCGAGUCCGAGUCCACAGCACGAGCUCCCUGCGAGGACGCGGCUCUGAAGCGGCUCUGAAGCGGCUCGUCACAUCGCGAUCUGGAGAGACUCGGCGCUUUGAUCUGGAUAUGUUGAGAGGCACGUGAGGAUGGAUGGGAUUAUUAGUGUUUUGGGGCUCCUGACGCUCGUUUUGGAGGGCAUCUCAUGCCAGGGAGUGUAUGCGCCUCCUACCGUCCGGAUCGUGCACUCGGAUAACGCGUGUAGCGUGGAGGAGGAGCGUUACUCUGAAAGGGUUUACACCAUCCGAGAGGGAGAGACGCUUGAGCUCACCUGCCUGGUCACAGGACAUCCUCGACCACAGAUUCGAUGGACCAAGACAGCAGGCAGCGUGUCAGACCGAUUCCAGGACUCCAGUGUAUUCAACGAAACCCUCCACAUCGCCAAGAUCCAGAGACAUCAGGGCGGACGCUAUUACUGCAAGGCUGAGAACGGACUGGGUUCACCGGCCAUCAAGUCCAUCAGGGUGGACGUCUACUAUCUGGACGAUCCUGUGGUGACGGUUCAUCAGAGUAUUGGUGAAGCUAAAGAGCAGUUCUACUACGAGCGGACGGUGUUUCUGCGCUGCGUGGCUAACUCCAACCCUCCCAUCCGCUACAGCUGGCACCGCGGACGAGACGUUCUCUCGCAAGGCUCUGAUAAAGGUGUGGAGAUCUACGAGCCCUUCUUUACCCAGCUCCAGGGGGAAACCAAGAUCUUGAAGCUGAAGAACCUGAGACCCAAGGACUACGCCAACUACAGCUGCAUCGCCUCCGUCAGGAACGUGUGCGGCAUCGCCGACCGCAGAGUCGUCUUCAGACUCACCAACAAAACUGCUCCCGCCUCCAUCAAGCUGCUGGUGGAGGAUCCGAUCGUGGUGAAUCCGGGCCAGACGGUGUCUCUGGUCUGCAUCAGCACCGGAGGAGAGCCGGCUCCGAGUCUGGCCUGGACCAGCGGCUCUGGAUCUCUGCCGGAGAAGAGCCUGAUGAAGGAAGGGGUCCUGACACUUCCUGCCAUCGCCUCUGAGGACGCCGGCAUCUACAGCUGCAUCGCCAGCAACAAUGUGGGAAACCCGGCCAAGAAAUCCACCACCAUCAUCGUACGAGCGCUGAAGAAGGGUCGCUUCUGGAUCACUCCGGACCCGUACCACAACGACGAUAACAUCCAGAUCGGCCGCGAGGUGAAGAUCUCGUGUCAGGUGGAGGCCACGCCGCCCGAGGAGCUGCAGUUCAGCUGGCUGAAGAACGGCCGGGCGUUACGCAGCUCCGAGCGCAUGGUCAUCACACAGACUGACCCCGACAUCUCGCCCGGAACCACCAACCUGGACAUCAUCGACCUCAAGUUCACCGACUUCGGCACCUACACCUGUGUAGCAGCUCUCAGAGGAGGAGCCAUCCCCGAGAUCAGCAUCGACGUCAACAUCUCCUCCACCACUGUCCCUCCUCUGUUUUUCUCUUUCUUAGUUCCUCCGAACCUGACCGUACCGCGGGGCAAGUCUCCGAUGGCGGUGCGGGAGGGAGACACGGUGGAGCUGGAGUGCCUUGUUUCAGGGAAACCCAAGCCCAUCAUCCUGUGGUCUCGGGCGGAUAAGGAGGCGCCAAUGCCGGACGGCAGCAUGCAGAUGGAGACCUACGACGGCGUCCUGCGCAUCGUUAACGUGUCGCGAGAGAUGAGCGGAUCCUACCGCUGCCAGACCAGCCAGUACAACGGCUUCAACGUCAAGCCCAGAGAAGCUGUGAUCGAGCUCAUCGUGCACUAUCCUCCGGCGGUGGAGCCGGUGUGGCAGGAGGUGCGGCAGGGUUUGGGUCGGACGUUGUCCAUGAACUGUCGUGUUCUUCGGGCUCAUCCGUCCCGUGUGCUGCGCUACGAGUGGAGACUGGGCUCGCGUCUGCUGCACGCCGGCACCUUCGACUCGCGCGACGACACCGACUACACCGUACGCAGCCUGGCACGCGAGGGCUACGGCGAGUACACCUGUGACAUCAUCAACGAGGUGGGGCCGGGACGCUGCACCUUCCUAGUGACCGGGAAAGCGUAUUCUCCAGAGUUUUAUUAUGACACCUAUAGCCCGCUGUGGCAGAACCGGCCGCGUGUUUAUGGCUAUAAGCUGCAGUGGACGCAGAUGAACCCAAGCGCCGUGGACCGGAUCAUGGCCUACCGCCUCGGGAUCCGACAGACGGGGCAGCAGCGCUGGUGGGAGCAGGAGAUUCAGGUGGAGGGAAACAUCCAGAAAGGAGAGCUGAUCACUCAUAACCUGACCGAGCUCAUCCGGCCCGAGGCGUACGUGGUUCGACUGACGCCCAUCACACGUUUCGGAGAGGGAGACUCCUCCACCCGAGUCGUCACGUACAGCGCUCCCAUCAAUCCUCGUCUGAGAGAGUUUCACUGCAGUUUUGAGGAGGAUCCCGUCUGUAUGUUCACUCAGGACAAGAACGAUGACUUCGACUGGACGAGACACAGCGCAGCCACACGUGACACCAAAUACACGCCCAACACGGGGCCCAGCGGGGACCGCAGCGGCUCCAAACAGGGUUUCUUCAUGUACAUCGAGACGUCCAGACCUCGUAAAGACGGUGACAGGGCGCGUCUCCUGAGCCCCACGUUUAAUGUGGCCCCCAGAAACCCCUACAGCAUCACCAUCCCGCCGGUGUACUGCUUCAGCUUCUACUACCACAUGUACGGCAAACACAUCGGCACUCUGAAUGCAUUUGUGAAGCAGAAAGGUCAGUCGACUUCAGAUGCCGGUCCAGUCUGGUCUCUCAGCGGGAACCAAGGGGACCGAUGGAGACAAGCCAAAAUUAGCAUCCAUCCCACUGCCUCCUUCCAGGUGAUAUUCGAGGGCAUCCGCGGCCCCGGGAUCGAGGGGGACAUCGCCAUCGAUGAUGUCACACUCGAGGAGGGGGAGUGUCCGGACCCUCCGUCCAAUCCGAUCAAAGGAGCGGCGGCACACAGCGUCUCCAGUAUAUGGCCACUGAGGGUCACGCUGUUUUUUACCCUAAUCAUCGGUCAGAGGUGACGCUCCUCGUGAGAAAAGACUCCUCAAUAUUUAAUCACCAAAGAUUCAUGCUUUCGGAUCGCGGAGGAGGCACAACAUCGGAAUGAAACAACAACAAACAGAAAAGUAAUAACUAAUGCUUAAAAUAAUAAUCUGCCGAGAUGCACCAAUGUGUGGAAUCAACCAAGGAUUUGAACGUUGACCUCAAAAGCACAACGAAUACUUCGCAAUCUGGAUUUACCUGAAAGCAGUUUUGCGAAAGAAAACUGAGUUUUACACACCAUUCCCCUUCCCUUUUUCCAUCUUGAGAUGUUGUUUUCUGGUGCUUUGGAGUACAAUCAACAAAACAUCUCAUCCUCUGGUUGAUCUUCUCUUGAAUUGUUCUGGGUUUGGUUUUGGAUCGGUGCUUUAAAAUGCAAAUAAAACAGACCCUCGUUUCGCUUUAUUCCCCGACUCCAGUAGCAGCCUGAUUUCUCAACACUGUGCUCACGUUCUCAAGCGAAGAACCUUGCGUUUUUUGGCGUCCGUGACGGUGGAAACUCAGUUCGUCGUCGUUGCCAGCACCAGUUGAGUGACAUUAAAAAAAGAAGUGCCUUCAGGUUAAAAACCGAUCCGUUAGCCUGGCCAUCGACACCAAACGUCCAUGUUUCUAACAUCUCCGAUGGGCUAUUUUAUACUCAUUUCUAUCGCCCCCAAAGUGCUGGAAUGCGCGACUGCGAGCGUCACGUACGAACAAUCGCGAACGCACGAUGUUUGGCUGCUGGAGGACGAUGUACGGACGAAUGUCACGCUUUCCAUCCUCGGCUGUCAUGCCUCUGUCAUUUAUACACCGAACAAUGUGCAUUCUGAGAGAAAAAAUACAAAAUAUUAAUAAUUGUAAUAAUAUUUUAUUACUCUAUCCAGAAUGUGUCUCAGCUUUUACAAACGAACUGUGAAAAUCGGUGGCGGUAUCUACCCGAGCGCUACUUUUUAUUAAGAGUGUUGUAAAAAAAAACGUGUUAUGAAAAUGUUUUGACAAGAAACUGUGUCUCGAUCUCGAUCUGAUUUAUGUUGAAAUGUUCCGACUUUGCUGUCUUUAUUUCUCGUCGUCUCCCUUGCAUCGCUGAGAAUAUCAAAAACGGGCAGAAAACGCUGGUUUGGUAACUGUACAACUUGUAUAUGUAAAGAAGCUCUGUUCAUUUGAGAUUUAUAUGAGAUGUUUUAUGUAUGAGUCAAAGGAAGCACAACAUUUAGGAUUCAGUCGUUUAUAAACAUCAUCAUAUAUGUGACGUCCUCCUACAAAACCAAUGUCAGAAUAUAACGACGCUGCAAGCUCACUAAGAAUUAAUUUAAAAAAAGUUAAAAUAAACAUUGCACAGGCUGCUUUAUAAUAAAUUUGGGUUUCACAAUGAAUGAUGGUGUGAUGCGGCAGGUGUCACCUCAGUAGCCGUUUCAUAAUAGAAAUGUUUAAUAUUCUGCAAUGCAUUACUUUAGUGACAAAUAACAUGAGAUUAAAAACGCCAGCCAUGAAGUCCUGAACCAUAAUGUGCAAUUUCCUUCCCUGCGCCCCAAAACCACCUUUAAUUUGUGAAUCAGCGGGAGGCUAAUAACGAAGCCUGAUUAUUCUCCUGGACCUCACAUAUAUGUGCUGCUGUGUAGCAUAGUUUAAAACAGAGUCACUACAUCAUGUAAAAGAUUCAUUCACCGUACAAUGACUGAUUGUUACAGGACUUCAGAAUCAUCCGUCUGAUGAAUCACGAGUCAAAUACACUCUUUAUGAGUCUUUAUGAUGUAUAGAAACAGACAUCAACAAUGAAGGAAAUACUAAUGAUGUUAAACAAGGGCUGAAGACAUCUUAGUUUGUUUCUGGAUGUACUGGACGCAUUUGUGAUGAUCUGCUGAUGAACAUGAACAGGCGUUCGCAGUGAUUGUGAUUCGUUCGAGUGAAUCACUUCAAACUCUACGAUUCCUCAGUUGCUUUAAAACCAUUAAACCAUGUGUUUCUGACAUUCACAUGUUUUUUAUUAAAAAUGCUAUGUACUGUAGGUAAAUAUUGCUGUUUAUUAUUCUGUGUUGUUGGUGUGUAUAAAUGAAAACGUUCCUCAAUCAUUUUUCUUUGUGUUUGUUUAGUGAGAAACUGGUGCAAACAUGCCUUGAUUGUUUGGAUUCGAUUAUAACUGUUUUAAUAUUAUGUUUGAACAUCAUUAUAUUGAGUAAUUUGGAUAAUUGUAAGGUCCACAGCUCGAAUGCCAGGAUUACAUUUUGGUAAUAUUUGGUUAAUUCAGUCCUUCUAUUGCACAAAAUAAAAAGUAAAAUAAAAUUGCAUACACCUUUUGCAUUUCAUGGUUGAUAGAACAAUUAAAAAUGUCACAUUUACCAAUAAAACUCAGACCUAAAAGUGUGUGUUCAAAGUCAUUUCAGACAAAUUAAUAAUAAUACUAAUAAUAAUAAUAAUGUGAAUCCACGGUGUGUUUAUGAUGUAGAUGGAUCUGAUCUGAUGUCCUGUAACAGCCGUUCAGUCAUUAUACUCACGCAGUUUCCAGUAAUGCUUCCUUUCACUGUAUUUCUUUGGAUUUACCAUUUUUGUGUCAUUCUUGCAACUAAUGAAGAAAAAUAAAGAACGCUAUUUUA